AACGUCGGUUUUUACGUGACAGACAGCUCCCCGGAUGCGGCUGUGAUUGACUAUACCAGGCAAAAAGAGAUCGAAAGCCAAGUGGCGGUGCUGCAGCCCCAGUGGUCGUAGGCAGGAUGCAGACCAUAAAGUGUGUGGUGGUGGGUGACGGGGCAGUGGGUAAAACCUGCCUGCUCAUCUCUUAUACAACCAAUGCCUUUCCUGAAGAGUACAUUCCCACAGUGUUUGACAACUACAGCGCUCAGAUGAGUGUGGAUGGCCGCACUGUCAGCCUCAACCUGUGGGACACGGCAGGCCAAGAGGAGUAUGACCGCUUGCGCACUCUGUCCUAUCCCCAAACCAAUGUGUUCAUUAUAUGCUUUUCCAUCGGCAGCCCCUCCUCACACGCCAAUGUCAGGCACAAGUGGCACCCUGAGGUGUCUCACCACUGCCCAAAUGUGCCCAUCCUGCUGGUAGGCACAAAGAAGGACCUAAGAAGUGACGCAGAAACGGUGAAGAAGUUAAAGGAGCAGGGUCUGGUCCCUACAACCCAGCAGCAGGGCAAUGCCCUAGCCAAGCAGAUUGGGGCUGUUAAAUACAUGGAGUGUUCUGCACUGCUGCAGGAUGGGGUCAAGGAGGUGUUUUCUGAAGCUGUGAGGGCAGUGUUGUAUCCAGUCACGAAAAAGAAAAAAGAAAAGUGUGUGCUUUUGUAAUGAAUGGUUCCCAGAUUUGGACUGUGGAGAGGGGAUGGUGGAGAUCCACGGAUGCAAAGGGAAGGCUGAGGAACAAAGGUCACCAAUCGGCUGUCUCCGUAUCACCUCUGGCAGUUUUUGGCUCCUCUGUUACUCUUUUCUUCCUUCUUCAUCGCCAGGAGGAUCUCGCCGUGUUGCCAUCAUCACCAAAAUGACCAUGCCUUAAUGAGAGCGACUGACCGUUUCUCCUCUAUUUUUCUUGCAUUUUAACUUUUGAUAUUUACACGUUUCAUUUUACAUCUGUUCUACAUUUUUAGCUUCUCUGCUUUGCCUUAUAAAAUGCUGAUAAUGGUUGCCACAAGCCAUAAUAACAUCUAAACCAACAAACCAACCAAGCUACCCUGUUUGACUGGAGAGAAGAGAUCUGCCUUUGUUCAGGUGGAGAACUAAUGACUACCUCAAAUUCUCACCUAGGUUGCAUCUCAUGAGUCUCAAGCAAGGUUACCAUCAAGAUGCUUUGACUUUGACUAUUUAGACGUAAUGAACAGCCGAGUAGAAGGUGAACAAGUUUUAAUUUCAAGCAGUUUGAGCCCAGACAUGGUUUGAUGACUCCUGGGGAAAUGCCAGUAGCCCUUAAACCAAAUGCACAGAUUAAAGGUUAAAUUCCCUUAUUACAAUUCCCUUGUGCUCAGUCUGGUGUGUUAGAGCUGUUGGCAGGCUGCCCCUUCAGCCUCUCGCACUGCUCUUUCACUUCUCCACACGGAAGAACCAGUAGGUCUUUGAAGAUAAGCCAGACCCAUUAAAAGCAGCACACCAUUUGUCCUCUUCAGUAAUGGAGGAGCAGGUGUAAUAAAGACUCAGCCAAAUUAACUGAUGCUGGUACAGGAGUUUUGGAGCUUACGCAGUCAGGAAGUCAGGUUGUCGUGAAGCUUCUCUGUCUACUUAUUAACUGUUGAAGCUCACACCGAGUGCCAUUUAAAAACAUGCCUAAGAAUUUCUCUCUGAUAGGGUGGUGGUCAAGGAGGCUGUAUUUUGUCUAAUCAUAGUGAAUUUACUCUGUAAAUGAUUUUUUUUUUCCAUAAAUGUUUUUUUAACCUACAAGUACGGCCAAAGGUAAAUGUUUUUGUAAUAGUCUGUUUAUUUGAUCAGUAAGAGGUAUGUGUGUUGUAGUUAAUAUUUCAAUUUGAUAAACCAGAACUCCAUAUUUCUUUUCAGUUUCAUUAUUGUCUUCCACUGAAAUUCAUCAAUUAUGACACCGCUUAACUGAAUCAGUAAAGCAAUAUGUUUUAACUGGCUUACAUUGGCUAUAUACUUGUAAUACGCUAUUGUCUUGGUUUCAUCAUAGAAGAACCGUGAUGGCUCCCUUUUUAAUCAUGUAAUAGAAGUUUUUGUACAAUAUGAAAGGAGCCUUUAUUUUUUUGGUUAGGUGCCUUAUCUAAAUCAAAGACAAUAGCAGUCUUCUUCGUCAAACCCAAAGCUUCUCAUUGUAGCUCUGAAAGUGCCACAAGAUGUUUAAGCACAGGUCCCACCCAACUCAAGAGUUUUAUUUUUGUGAAUUUUCAGAAGCCCUCUGCCUUACUUCCUGCCAGUAAAUACACUCAUCUUGCAGACUUUUUUUUUUCAAGACACAGGUGCUAAACUGACAUCUUGUGCAGCAAGUCUUUGCAUUUGUGAAACGAAGCUCUUGAGUUCCACACUUCUUAACAGAUUGCGGUUCCCUGCAUUGCAUGGUGGAAUAAGGCACAAGCGGAACUUGCACAUAUGGUUAGCAAAAAGGUGUGUAGGUGGAACGUGCUUUGUCACAUCUGAAGAUUUUUAUACGUUUUUGUAAAAUAGUUUUUGUAAUGACUAGCUGCUCUUUUUAUUUUUUAUUUUUUGCUUACAGCUGGCAGCAAAUAUAGAAACCCUUUUUUACUAUAGUUAUUUUCAUGUACACCUUUGAGCGGGUAUAUAAUAAGUCAGCCUAGAUUGUGGCCGGUGUAAAGUCUAGAAUAACUGAAGUGCAAACCGAGCAAGAGGUUUUUGUGAUAACAGUGAUGCGGUUUGACAUCUGCCAGAAGAUGUGUGAACAUUUCCCAGAUAGGUUUGUGGAGAGUUGAAUGUAAGUGCACGUUAUGUUAAAAACUGUCAUCUGUGGUGAGUUCGUUUUUUUUUUUCUUUCCAUGUCCCAAAUUCACUUAGAUGAUGCUGUUAAAGUGGAACAUACACCUGUGGGCUCUGUGUCUGUGUCCUGGAGCUGUAUGCUACCGUGUGCGUGGUACUACGCUUUUACACUGGGAACUUGAUUUGUAGAAAUCUGUAAUUGUUUUAUAAAUAACAAAAGCAUAUUUGUAUAAAUGAACUAACAGUGAAAUGAUUUUUAAAUUAUGCCAAAUAAAACGGUGGUUUAAACCAUUUAAUUUUUUUUUUCUUAAA